UGUAACUUAACCUUAGAUGCAAAUUUAACCAUUUAUAAGUGAAUUGUUACUUUCCAGCCACCCAUCCUUUCCUUUCUAGAACAGUCUUAGUUUGAUACCUAGAACAUUCAGCGAGCCCUUGUGGUGGUCAUGCAUACGAUCGUACCUCUCGGAGACAACGGCGGACAGCCAAGUCCUUUGAAACAAGAAUACUACAGCGCUAUACGACCUCAUUUGAGAUAUCCCUCAUUCGUUUCCUGUCCAGAAAAGUCGAAUAUCUAUUUGUUUGAUUCCAUAUCUUCAUCUGGUCCUAAAAUAGAUGGCCCUCGUGUGUUCAGUAAUAGCGAGGAUUUUGAAACCCAUAUCGCGACCACCUCCAGGCCAAACGCGCGUAUAGUAUCAAUAUGUUCCCAGAAUUCAAUGAGGCCCCUCGGGAUCACUGAACAAGCCAUGCGAAAGCUCAUAAACACCUACGCCAUCGAUCCGACCUUCCUUGACCUUGCGAUUUCCUUCGGUGACAAACCACAGAGCUCCGAUGCAGGCCACGGAGCAAUGACAGUGAGACAAGGAGAGGACGGCUCAUACGACAUGCAAUAUCUUUUCGCCUACGCCGAGGAUAACUCCGCGCAAGUGAACGUCCCAUGGACUAUCCGGCAGAUAUGCGUCUUCCACCGGUACAAUCCGACGGGAUCCGGCAAUCUGUGGAUAUUCCUUCAUGCGAGGCCACGCUCGGUGAUGCAGCAGCUGAUUGAAGCUGAGAUUACGUCUCAGCAUGCUGGAAUUCCUAAGCACUGGUUUUCGAUGCAUUUACUUGUUCUGUCCACCUACAUUGGCAACUGGCGCUGGUGCAUUCGUAGUCUGGGUGAGGAGAUCGAGAAGACUGUCGACAUCGCUUUGACUUUAGAUCUUGCAAGGGCGGAUAAUAAUAAAGAUGGACUUAUCCGGCUUCUUACACCGCAGUAUCUAGGGGAUAAGCUACUACCGCUGUCGUCCAGAGUGCAUGCUGCCUUAAUAACGGUUCGCAAGCUCGAAGAACUCAACACGGUUUUCCACGCCAAGAAUUAUACAAAUGAUGGCGACUCUCAACGAUUUGCCAGCGAGAUGGCCUACUACAGAACUACUCUGGAAGGAUACCUGAAAAGUGUUGAAGUGCUCGAGGGAAAGGUGAAAGGCAUCUCUGACUUGUUGGCAGUCGCCCUCAAUCUCAAAGGCCAGACCGUGGCCAACGAAAUCAAUAACAAGAUGUUAAAGCUCACUAGUGAGACAUUCGAUGAUAAUGCGACCGUCCGGGUGGUUACACUGGUCACUCUAAUCUACCUGCCUGCUAGCUUCGUCUCGACCCUCCUAGGAAUGAACCUCUUUGACUUCGAAGGUCCGAAUGGGGAAGUAUUUAGGAUCUCACGUCAAUUCUGGAUAUUCGUGGUGGCUGCAGUCCCACUUACGUUGCUUACUCUAGGCUCUUGGUAUUAUGUUACCCAGCGGCGCUUGAGAUUCCAGAAGAAGAAGCUGAAUGAGAAAAAGGAGUUGCACAUGGUGUGAGACAGGUUUUCCUUUGCUUUUAUUUCUUGGUUUGCUUUGAUGUAUUUUCUAUCUCCUCUCCAAAGCAUACGUCCGUGGAAGGAGGCUCAUUGUGUUUUACUGAUAGCUUGGCGUUGGGUUAUAUGUUUUUCGAGGCAUGUUCGCUAUUAUAUAUAUUUUCAGAACAAUACUACAUUUAGACCGAAUCCUCACCGA